CGAGCUGCUCUUGGUGAAAUACGCAGCCAGAUUCGUAGAGCUGGAUUUGAUUCUAGUCUCUUGAGCGACCUCACUGUACGCAAGCUACGCGCAGGAAGCAGCAGAUCCGUUAACGGCCACAGAUAGAUACAUCGUUCGCGCAGAGAAAUACGGAACAACUUGUACUCACAUUCUGGACGACUGUAACUUGAAAUGCUGCACACCCCGGCGUCUCCAUCUGGAAGUGUUGGAUCGUUGAAACGAGAUAAGGAGGAAACUGAUUUUGAUUUUGAUCACGACGAGGGCUUCAUCAUACCGUUACAGAUGUAUUCUAACACAGGUUCACGCAUGCGGAACACCGCUCUGACUCCACCGUCCCGGCGCAAGUUUCCCUGGAUGUGGACAAUGCUUGUGUUCCUAACAUUGAUUAGCAUAGCCUUUGCUUUCUGGAGCGAGCUCCUGGAAGCCUUCCCGACUAUUACGAUACAUUCAAAUAUCGCCAAUCACGAAAGACAAAGUGGAGUUUUUCCGAUCCAACCCGUUGCGUCCGCUUCACGACGAGGCUCUGGCGCGCCGGUUGCGGUCGUUGUCGAUACGCGGGAAUCGGCGGGAGAACAACAACAAACAAUAAUGACGACUGAAGCGGCUGCAUUUCCACCUCCGAAAUUGUCGGGAAUUCCUUUGCACGCCGCCCAGGCACUAGCUUGUCGCCAGUCCGUAAUUAACUUCGUCAUCAACGCGACGGACGGCAAGGAUGAAUGCGAAGGAUUGAAAAAAGCCUUCGAGCGUACGUGCAGCAAUGACGGUUACGAAGACUCCGACUCUAAAGAUAAAGCAGGGAGACGCAAGCACCGUAACAUGAGUGAGAAACUAUGGGACAAAUCAAUACCCAAAGUAGAUCGAUGGCACGAGUCGGUGUUCUACCUUUCGCAAACGCUUCGCCGGAUAGGUGACUGGCUUAUGUGGAAAGAACCUGCCCCCUUCUUUUUGGCCGAAGACGAGGUUGCCACGGACGAAACUUGGCAAACUGCUCGCUUUCUCGUAAAAGAAGAUUUAGACCGCGUUGUAUACCGAGAUAUUCUGCAUUCUUGGGCAACGCUGGAUUGUCAGAUCAGGCCUGAGCUUUGCCAAGCAAGAGUACGCCGAAAACUCGAUGAAAGCAUCGAGUCCUCCUUUGCCAAUGAUGGAAACAAGGAGGUACAACACUCGAACCACACACAUUCUGGUGGUGGAUUGUCUCUAGAUCUUCCUUUCGCCAGCGGCCAUGUUUCGGAAAAGGUCAUGGGUGAAGCUCUCAUGCUUCAACAAGGAGAUAAGCUCAUUGAAAAAGCCACCAAUCACACGUCGACAAAUGCAGCUAAAUCGGAAGCGGCAGCCUCUUCCAAGGCUGUAUCGGAUGCGUCUGCUGCAGUAUCGGCCGUCCUGAACGAUCCUUCGUCUAUUGAAGCCAGGACGUGUUGUGCGUCCAUUCUGAACGUCUAUCAUGACAACUGCAGUACCGAUGUAGACGAUCAAGUCUCAGACAGCCGGCUUUUUUUUGUCGUGUUUGUCAUGGCUUUAUGUGGAAUGGUGAAAAGCCUGAUUCGUCAUUUCAAAAUUCUGUGGUUGCCCGAAGCUGCAGGCUGCAUCAUUGUCGGAGUAUUGAGUGGAUACGGUAUGUUGCUGUUGCCACACCACGACAUUAGCUUUGAUGGAAACUGGUUUUUGCGCAUAUUGGUACCACCAAUCAUCUUUGAAGCUGCAAUCAGCAUUGACAAGCGAGCUUUCAACCGCCACAUUGUGCCAAUUCUGAUUUACGCAGUUGCUGGUACACUGGUGGCGACUGUUUUGACAGCAUCAAUUCUUCAUCGAGGCACGACGAUGCUGUCAGACUGGUGUUAUCCUAUUCCUUACGUUGAGGCCCUUGCUUUUGGUGCGCUGAUUUCAUCUAUUGAUCCAAUUGCUGUCUUGAGUGUGUUAAGUAACAUGGGAAUGACAGAUACAGAUACAAUAUAUGUCGUGAUUUUUGGGGAGUCGUUAUUGAAUGAUGGCGUCGCAAUUGUUCUCUUUCAUACGCUUGUGCAUUUUCUUGACGAAACACUUGUGAUUGAUCGGGCAGCCGUGAUAGCUGCCGUCAUUCAUUUUGUGGUGGUAGCGUUUGGCUCAUUUUUAAUCGGUGUCGCAUCAGGUAUGCUCUGUACCGUCUACUACUGGAUUUUCCACGGAUGUCAGACUCCGUUGGUGGAGGUGCUAAUGUUUUUUUGUUGGGCACUCUUGCCCUAUUAUGUUUGCGACGGUAUUGGCUGGUCCGGCAUUGUCUCUGUAGUAGCUGCCGGGUUCGUGAUGGAUUUGUACAUCGUCGGUGACGAGCAUGGCGAGUCUGAGAUCGGAGACACGAGAGAACCUUCGCCGAAAGUCGAGUCGGCUCGAAAGCGUGGCCAGAUCUUCUCGCCUAUGGGACAACUAUCGAAUGAAGCCAAGACACAUAUUGGCUUUGUCACGGAAAUCAUUUCGACGAUGAUGGAGACUGCUAUUUUUGCUUAUCUGGGCCUUUUCCUUUUCAGCCAUCGUUAUCACUGGAACAUAUGGCACACCUUGAUCUCGAUUACGGCGUGUUGUCUUAGUCGCGGCAUUAUGAUUCCGUGUCUGAGCUGGGUUGCCAAUUUUAUUUUACGUAUGCAACAAAAUCGGCCGUCUUGUCGAAUGCAGCAAUCGGCAGGACGAAAAAGCCCGCAGUCGGCUGGUGUUGUUAUAGAUAAAAAGAUGCAACUGGUCUUGUGGUUUGCUGGGCUACGUGGGGCAAUGUCUUUUGCAUUAGUCGAGCACAUUCCGUUGUACGAUGAAGUCAGUGGUAUCGGAACACGUCUCAAACCGGAACUCAAGGCCAUGACUUCUGCGUGCAUUAUGUUUACGGUAUUUGUUUUGGGGGGUCGUACCUAUCACAUGAUGGAAUACUUGGGUAUUGCACCCUCCGCCAGCGCACGAAAACAACAGCAGAAUCCGUCACCACUUGAGUUGACGGCACUUAUGACGUCCAAGAGCUACGAAGACUCAAUGGAAAUUGAGGACGACUCGAGUCGAACACCGUCAAGGCCCGGUCAUGUCUUUCGAAGACAACGGCACAAAGAGCCGAUGCCCGAAGGUGAAUGA